CUGGCUCCCUCGAGCUGGGAACCUGACGUGUCUGGGCAGAGGAUGAGGGAAAUUUCCGAUGCCGGUUGUGGACGAGGUCUUAUCCAAUGGCAAGGGAUAAUGGCUGCCAACCGGGCAACACCAAUCCCAAGCCAAUGGAAACCGCUGCAUCAUCCCACGCCACGGCCAUCAAGCAAGCAAUUCCAUUCCUUCGGGUCUCUGGAAGGGGGCUGACAGCCGGACGGAGACAGAAUACCUUACACAGUACCUUGCCGAACGUCUAUUUGCCUCCUAUUGUCAGCCGCGACCCAGUUCUUUGCCUUCAUUUCGAAUCUCGCAUCCGACUCCGGUGCUGGGCCUGUUCGUCUCGAGCCUCUGGCUGUCAAGACUCAGAAGUCAGAAACCACUCAGCUUGCACCAUCGACAAGCCUUGCCGGACCCUGCCCCGGCCUCAUCGGUCAAGGCUUGCUAUCCGUAUAUGGCUUGCUUCAGGUCGUCACCUGAAGAAUCGUCUUCUCACCCCGGCGAGGCAGGCAAUGCCUGUCAUGAUCCGCCCUCAUUUCCAACCGGAUCCAUUGACCGCCGCUCUCGCCUGACCUGACAGCGGGCUUUGCCGUCAUUGCAGCAAACAGCGCAGCAUGCCCUGCCCGGUGUGUGUUUCUUCUUGCUGUGGAAAU